CCCUCGGUGCGCGGGCACAGCAGCCAGGCUGCCGGAGAGCUGAUCUCGGGGAUUCGGGUGCGGAGCCCUUGGCCUGGAGGCGAUAUGGGUGGUCCGUGGCCCGGUUCAGUCGCUUGCAGCAGCCCGGGGAACAGGCCUGUCUGGCCCUGAGGGAGUCCCCUUUCUGAAGCUGUGGUGCUUGGACGACCUGCUCUCUACGUUGCUGGGCACCUGUAGGUGUCCCUCGAGAGCUCAGUUUUGAGGUUCAAGUCAGUGUGGCCAUGAAGGGGCUGCCUAUUGGGCUGAUGCUGUGACCCUGGAGUCUGCUUCUCCUGCCAGUCCCCCUGCUCGGAACAUGUGGCUGCGGCUUGGCCCGCCCUUGCUGUCCCUGAGCCCCAAGCCCACAGUUGGCCGGAGCCUGUGCCUCACCCUGUGGUUCCUCAGUUUGGUGCUGAGGGCCAGUACCCAGGCCCCAGCACCCACAGUCAAUACUCACUUUGGGAAGCUAAGGGGUGCCCGGGUACCAUUGCCCAGUGAGAUACUGGGGCCUGUGGAUCAAUACCUGGGGGUGCCCUACGCAGCUCCCCCGAUCGGCGAGAAACGUUUCUUACCCCCCGAACCACCCCCAUCCUGGUCUGGCAUCCGGAACGCCACACACUUUCCCCCAGUGUGCCCCCAGAACAUCCACACAGCUGUGCCCGAAGUCAUGCUGCCAGUCUGGUUCACUGCCAACUUGGAUAUCGUCGCUACUUACAUCCAAGAGCCCAACGAAGACUGCCUCUACCUGAAUGUCUAUGUGCCCACAGAGGAUGUAAAGCGGAUUUCCAAGGAAUGCGCCCGAAAGCCCAACAAGAAAAUUUGUAGGAAAGGAGGAUCCGGCGCUAAGAAACAGGGCGAGGACUUAGCGGAUAAUGACGGGGAUGAAGAUGAAGACAUCCGGGACAGUGGUGCUAAGCCCGUCAUGGUCUACAUCCACGGAGGCUCUUACAUGGAAGGGACAGGCAACAUGAUCGAUGGCAGCGUCCUCGCCAGUUAUGGCAAUGUCAUCGUCAUCACCCUCAACUAUCGGGUUGGGGUGCUAGGUUUCUUGAGCACUGGAGAUCAGGCUGCCAAGGGCAACUAUGGGCUCCUUGACCAAAUCCAGGCCCUCCGCUGGGUGAGCGAGAACAUUGCCUUCUUCGGAGGAGACCCCCGCCGUAUUACCGUCUUUGGUUCAGGCAUCGGUGCCUCCUGUGUCAGCCUCCUUACAUUGUCACAUCACUCUGAGGGACUUUUCCAGAGGGCCAUCAUCCAAAGUGGUUCUGCUCUGUCCAGCUGGGCUGUGAACUACCAACCAGUGAAGUACACCAGCCUGUUGGCAGACAAAGUGGGCUGUAAUGUGCUUGACACCGUGGAUAUGGUGGACUGUCUUCGGCAAAAGAGCGCCAAGGAGCUGGUAGAGCAGGACAUCCAGCCAGCCCGCUACCAUGUGGCCUUUGGCCCUGUGAUUGAUGGCGAUGUCAUUCCUGAUGACCCUGAGAUCCUCAUGGAACAGGGCGAGUUCCUCAACUAUGACAUCAUGCUAGGUGUCAACCAGGGUGAGGGUCUCAAGUUUGUGGAAGGGGUGGUGGACCCUGAGGAUGGUGUCUCUGGUACUGACUUUGACUACUCUGUCUCCAAUUUUGUGGACAAUCUGUAUGGCUAUCCUGAGGGUAAGGACACCCUGCGGGAGACCAUCAAGUUCAUGUAUACAGACUGGGCAGACCGUGACAACCCUGAGACCCGCCGUAAAACACUGGUGGCACUCUUCACUGACCACCAGUGGGUGGAGCCCUCAGUGGUGACAGCCGAUCUGCACGCCCGCUAUGGCUCACCUACCUACUUCUACGCCUUUUACCAUCACUGCCAGAGCCUCAUGAAGCCUGCUUGGUCAGAUGCAGCUCAUGGGGAUGAAGUGCCCUAUGUUUUUGGGGUCCCUAUGGUAGGCCCCACUGACCUUUUCCCCUGCAACUUCUCCAAGAAUGAUGUUAUGCUCAGUGCUGUCGUCAUGACCUAUUGGACCAACUUUGCCAAGACUGGGGAUCCCAACAAGCCGGUCCCCCAGGACACCAAGUUCAUUCACACCAAGGCCAACCGCUUUGAGGAAGUGGCCUGGUCCAAAUACAAUCCCCGAGACCAGCUCUACCUUCACAUCGGGCUGAAACCAAGGGUCCGUGAUCAUUACCGGGCCACUAAGGUGGCCUUUUGGAAACACCUGGUGCCCCACCUAUACAACCUGCAUGACAUGUUCCACUAUACGUCCACAACCACCAAAGUGCCGCCCCCGGAUACCACCCACAGCUCCCACAUCACUCGCAGGCCCAACGGCAAGACCUGGAGCACCAAGCGGCCAGCCAUCUCACCUGCCUACAGCAACGAGAACGCCCAGGGAUCCUGGAACGGGGACCAGGAUGCAGGGCCACUCCUGGUGGAGAAUCCUCGUGACUACUCCACUGAAUUAAGUGUCACCAUCGCCGUGGGGGCCUCCCUCCUGUUCCUUAACGUUCUGGCCUUUGCUGCCCUCUACUACCGUAAGGACAAACGGCGCCAGGAGCCCCUGAGGCAGCCUAGCCCUCAGAGGGGAGCCGGGGCCCCUGAAUUGGGAGCUGCUCCUGAAGAAGAGCUGGCAGCAUUACAGCUGGGCCCCACCCACCAUGAGUGUGAGGCUGCCCCCCCCCAUGACACGCUGCGCCUCACUGCAUUGCCCGACUACACCCUGACCCUGCGGCGCUCCCCUGAUGAUAUCCCACUCAUGACCCCCAACACCAUCACUAUGAUUCCCAACUCUCUGGUAGGGCUGCAGACAUUGCACCCCUAUAACACCUUUGCCGCAGGGUUCAACAGUACUGGGCUGCCGCACUCACACUCUACUACCCGGGUAUAGCUCCAGCCCAGAGCACAGCCCAUCUCCCGCUUCCUCCCUCCCAGAUCCAUGAACACAUGCACAUGCAGACACACAUACAGACACAUACAGACAUAUAUAUAUACACACGCACCCACACCCUACAGCAGACCCACCUUCACAUAGACAGAUGUGGACAUGCACUCGCAUGUACAAAAACACAAAUAUGGAAGUAAUCCCAAACAAACCCUUCAAAUGGGGACACAAAUGAGUCCUUGGUAAACCAAGGACCCGUGGAACAACAGCUGAAGCCAGCUCCCUGAGCCUGACCACAGACACUCCUGGGGGGCCUGAAAGCAACAGCUGGACACCCCCUUGGUGCUCACCUUCGGCCUCUCUUGGAACUGCACCACCAACCAACUCCGGACUUGGGAACUUUAAAGAGCAGAGUAGCUCUUCCUCCCCCAGACUUGGUCUUUUUCUGGGUCUUGUUUUUGUUGAUUUUUUUUUUUUUAAUUUUGGAACAAAUGCUUUUUCAGCCUGUGAGUGCUAAGAGGCUCUGGAAGGCAGGGCUCCAGGCCCAGGUCUCUGGCUCUGGAACCAGUGCUCACACAAUCAAACCAUGGAUCAGGACCCCCAGGAAGGAAAUAGAUUCGAGCAGGACCAUGGGGUGGAAGGAGAAAGGGGCUAAUGUUGGAUGGGGCUGGAGGGCCAUAGAGGAGAGAUCUCCAACUAUCUCUGUGUCCCUGUGGAAGACAGCAGAGCUUACAGGGUGACCUGCUUCCCCCAAAGGCCAGCAUUGGCCUGGCUAGACCAGGGGACCCUAGAUUUGGUGAAGGAGGUACUAUGGAGGCCAUGACAUUAUUGGGCCCCUGUGUAUGAUCUGGGUUCUGCCUCUGCUCUUGGGGAAAUGCUACCAGAAAUUCGCCCCAUUUUCUUUACAGUCUCUUUUGUGUCUGUCAUUUCUCUUUCAAAAAGGCAGUGUUUUUUGUUGUUGUUGGCUUUUUUUUUUUUAAAGAAAAGUUCUUAAAACACUAACGGAAACCCAUGGAGUUUGUCCUUUGUAAAAAUUUUAAACACAGUGUCUUGAUAUAAAAAUAAAAAAUUCAGUUAGCACUCCCAA